AUGGAAGAUGCUAAUUUAGAUUUGGUUGUGCCUGCAGUUACUUUUUCUUGUCAAAGAUGUACAACAACUAGACGUUUAAUUGUACAUAAACAAGUUUAUGAUGUUCUUAUUGAAAGGUUGACAAAUGCUUUUAAACAAAUUGAGUCGAGAAUUGGAGAUCCGUUAAACGAAAAUACUUUGGUUGGCCCAUUACAUACAAAAACUUCUGUUCUUGCUUAUAAAUCGGCAAUUGCUGAGGCUAUUGCUAAUGGAGGUAAAGUAGAAUGUGGAGGUAAAAUAUUGGAGGAAUUAAAAGGAAAUUAUGUAUUACCUACUUUAAUUAGUGGAUUGAAACAUAAUUCUGAUUUGGUUUUGAAAGAAACUUUUGCACCUAUUUGCUAUAUUUUAAAAGUAGAUAGCUUUGAAGAAGCAAUUUCAGUUAAUAAUGAAACUAGACAAGGGCUUUCUUCUUCAUUAUUUACACAAAAUGUUGAACGUUUAUUUAAAUGGAUUGGACCAUUUGGAAGUGAUUGUGGAAUUGUAAAUGUAAAUAUUGGUACAAGUGGUGCGGAAAUUGGGGGUGCUUUUGGUGGAGAAAAAGAAACUGGGGGAGGAAGAGAAAGUGGUUCUGAUGCUUGGAAAAAUUAUAUGCGUAGAUCUACUUGCACAAUUAAUUUUGGAAAGGAUUUACCUUUAGCUCAGGGUGUGAAAUUUGAAUAA